AUGGACUUUAGUUACGAAUGCCAUUUUCAGUAUCCCCGACACGAAUGCCUUGUCGCAUACGAUGAGGAGUUGUCAUUUUUUGGCAUCAUGCCAGAUUUGAUAAGCGAUUGUUGUUAUGAAGACUAUAAGGAUAAGAAACGGGAAAAUCAAGAACGGCUUCUCGAGGAGCGAAUCGAGAGUAUCGACGCGACCAAGCUCAAACAAACCUUCCAGCAGAAGAUGUGGGCGGCGUUCGAGAAUCCGCACACCUCGUCGGUCGCACUUGUAUUCUAUUAUGUCACGGGUUUUUUCAUUGCUGUUUCUGUAUUAUGUAAUAUAAUAGAGACCAUUCCAUGCUGGUAUGUAAAUGACACUCCUACCUCCUGUGGAGACGCCUAUGAGAGACAAUUUUUUGUAUUAGAUACUGCUUGUGUUAUAAUAUUUACCAUAGAGUAUUUGUUACGAUUAUACGCUGCUCCAGAUCGAUGUCGAUUUUUGAGGUAUGUUCACAUAACAAGAUUGUGA